AUGUUUAUUAAUUUCAAUAAUUAUUUCGAUAUGUUUUUGCUUAAAUUUAUGAUUAAAAUAUGGAUGAAAAUUGCCGUUACUGGAUUUGGCCCCUUUGGUGAUUAUUCAACAAAUCCAAGUUCGGUGGUUGUAAAUGGAUUGAAGGAUGAUUUUAAUGUUGAGGGCAUUGAAUUGAUUACUAGAAUAGUUGAUGUGGACUAUGUGGAGGCAAAGAAAUGUUCUGAAUGGGCUUGCUCUAAAGGCAGUGACUUUGUGGUUCAUGUUGGAGUUCAACCAACACCUGGCAAACUGAUGAUAGAAUCAAAAUCCUUUAAGGAUGGCUACAUUUAUCCAGAUAUUAAUGGUUCUGUCCCUCUUAUGAAUUGUUGCAAACCUGGAACUGAGGAAGAUUCAGAGCUUGAUACUUGUAUUUGUUGUGAUGAUGUAAAACAAUUUGUCUUGGAUUCACUUAGUUUAGAGGAGCUUCCACUUGAAAUUGAAGUUUCAAAUAAUCCGGGAAGAUAUCUUUGUGCCUAUAUUUUUUAUUGCUCAUUAUUUGCCACACGUGGUCGUUCACUUUUUGUUCACAUUCCACCAUUUGAUCAUGAAUGUACAGCUGAACUGCUCAUUCUUGUGUUAAAACAAAUUUUAAUUGCGAUAUACAAACUUUAUUUGAAUCAAAAUGUGAAUGUACAAAGUGUAUAA